AUGGCACAGCGGGAAGUAAGACGGGGAGCCGUAUUGCGGCAGGAGGGGCGGCGGCCGCUCCGCGUUAUGGCACGAGCGGCUGCGCCGUUGGCGACUGGGCGAUGGCUGUGUGAGGUAGUGCCGGCUGCCGUGGCGGUGCGGGCAGUGCGGGCGGCACCGGCAACCGCGGCGAUGCAGGCAUUGGUGUGCGCCGGGCGGCGGACGAGCCCGGGGCAGAGUUCGCAGGCUGUGCGUAUGGGCGGCCGCGGCGCCGACAUGCCGGAACGCAUCCAGAGCGCGCUAGGCCGGUUCGCAACCGAGUGCAAGGUGCGGCGCUCACGCAGCCGGCUCGGAAUGGAACGGGACGGGCCAACGGGGCCGCAGGUGGUGGUGGCCAUUUGUCCGGUCGGGGCGAGGCUGGUGGCGCUGCACACAGCGAUGGGCACGAUAGUGGUGGUAGCCGGCGGGCCCGGCGGCGGCUGGCAGCUGGGGGACCGGAUCUGCACGGAUGGACCGCUGACAUUUGCGCUCUACACAGGGGUGUACUGGAGCGUCGGAUGGCGCGCAGAGCGCGAGGCUAGUGUAUAA